UUGCGAUGGUCAUGUGGUGGACAUGCCCCCAGUACCUCAAGAAGCACGAGGAGGGCAAGAAGAAGCGGGCAGAGAUGCGAGGUGGAUCGCAUAUCCAAGGCAGCAUCCCCAUCUCUCUUCACCUGCAGAAGGAGGAAGUCAGGACAGGAGCGAAGCCUAACGUCUUUGCCGUGCUAAAGAAGAUGAAGCAAAGGAAGACGCCUGAUCCUGAGACGGGGUCCGUGUGGGUUAACCCGCAAUCCGAGACCCAGUGCACGUCGUAUGUCUCCAAGUUCAAGCAGAAGUACGGCGAGGACGCCAACCCAGAGGCUGAGGACUUUGACCUUGAGGUCGCGGUGCUUGCGGGAGAAGGCUUGAAGCAUGGCCGCCUAUGGUUUGGUGACGGGUGCGUCGACCCAGCGAGGGUUCCCUCUCUCCGCCAGAUCCGUCGUGGUCGUAAGAGCGGCCAGCCUGAGGUAGAGCCCCGGCCACGGGCUUCAGAUCUAGCUGUCGAGCGGUUACGGGUAUGUUCUUCCUCGGGUCUCUACAUUUCCUUUACAUGCUUUCCAUUGAAAUGUUAAUGACAUCGCGGCAACACAACGUAGGAGGAGAUGGCAGCGAAGGAGCAGGCGGCCCAGGAGCAAAGGGCGCAGAUGGAGCAGCAGAUUCUGGAGUACCAGCAGCAGCAGACACAGAUGAUGCAGCAGAUGCAACAG